AUGCCGGAUCGCAGUGAUGGGGACAAUAUAUCCUUAACAUCAAUAUCCUCUUCUGCAGCAUCAAAUAUAUCACCCGGCAAUACAACAGACCCACUGCCAUUAUCAGCGCCACCUCUAGCUCCAUUACCCUUUGCAGAAAAUGUUCAAUUGGACCCCGUGGAGAAUGACACUUUGGCCAAUGAAUAUUAUCCACUGGGUGAUAAAAGAAAUUUUGCUACAACAGUUAUUGAAGAGGAACCACUGAGAAACAAGUCAGUAUGGAGGAAAGCUCUUGAUAUAGUGUACCCUAACUACAUCUUGAACCAUUUAGAUUAUAAUUCAUUCAAAACUAUUUUCCGAAGCUGGUGUUAUUUAUGGUCAGCUGCGAUAUUGACCAUCGUGCCCAUGACCAGCCACUGGCUUGGAAGUGCCGCAUACUUGAUGCUCAUUGUAGCAAUGAUUACAAUCUCGGGUGGUACUUCCAUUAUCAUGAAUGUUUUAACUGCGUUGGCAUGGUUAAUUGGAAUGAUGAUUGCCUUUGUUCACCACGUGGUUCGAUCCAAGAUUAUCAACGAUAUGCAUGGUGGUAUAACCGAGCAGCAACUAGUACAACAACUUGUUGAAGAAGGUUCAUGUCAAUUGGGCGAUCAACUCCAAGACUGUGUCACUGAACAAAUUUUUUCAGGACGUUAUAUCACAACGAAAACAGUUGCAAUAACAAUCCUUUCUAUUAUAACAUGUACGAUGAUUGUGGGAAAUAUGCGACAGAGACUACACCCAUUAUGGUCUUUAGUCUAUAUUGGCGGUCAAAUCGCCAAUGUCAUUUUCUCAUGUUAUGGCCAUUUCUCUCCCUUAUACCAGCCCUUGAGUGUAGGCUUCCAAGUCAUGAGACCUACAGGAAUCUCAUUGGUAUUGAAAGUGCUAUCAGCUUUUGUCGUUUUUCCAACAACUUCUAAUCGAAAUUAUCUACAAGGUUCAUUAGGAAUAUUGUCUGCAGUAAAAGAAAUUAAUGUGAAAAAUACAAGAUUGUUCAAUACAAUGCGGCCCUCUGCACCUAAUUUCGCCAAUUACAAGCAAAUCAAAAAGGAUAUCACUGGAGUAAGAUCCAAGAUGGCGCCUUUGGAGAUUGUGGCUUCUACAAUCUGGCUAGAAUACUCGUACGGUAGAUUUGACGUUGGUGAUAUUGGUCAAUUUCGAUCCACGUGUAAGAAUUUAAUCACUGCUACUGCAAGUUAUGCACACUUCUAUCAAUUAUUACAAGAAAGAACAUAUUUUGCCAAAGACGAUUUUGGUAUAACAAGACGUAAAUCCAACGCAUCCUCUUUGGCACAUGGACAUGCUAAAUUGUUUAGCGCAAUCCAGGAUUCUUAUAGAAAAGUCGGUGAAUACGAGACUAGAAAGAGGGUUCGUGUGUUGAGAAAUAGGAUCAUGUACCACGGAAGGGGUCAUAGAAUAUCGGUGCUGGAUAUUGAUCUUAUUGCAAAAUUUCUCAAUCAGCAUUUUGGCGUACUUUUGGAUGUUGCCAAUACCGGAAUUCAAGACAUUAUUGAAUGGUUAAGGGCAGCUAACGAGUUUCGUAUUUACUCCUGGAUUCCCGGAAGAUGGCAGAAACAUUGUGAAAAGCAAAAAGAAAUGGCAGCAAGGGUGAAGAACUCCAAAAAAGAAAUCGAACAGGCAUUGUUGAAGUUUGAUGAUCCGGAAGUCUUGAAAAACAUGAUGUUUGAUAAUGCGAAAUCGGAGGAGACUGUUUUAUUUUUGGUGAGUCAGGGUGUUUUGUUUCUUCAAAUUGCUAGGUACCAAUUGGACAAGAUUGUUGCAAUGUUGGAUAUGUUUAUUGAUAUAGAUGAGAGAAGACCAACACCAAAGUUUAUCACUUUUUUCACCAAAUCGAGGUAUUCCAAGCCAAGACACUUGUCGAGCGAUUUGAAGGAAACAAUGCCGGAGUAUCUUCAAAGCAAUAUUCGUGCUCGGAAUGCUGAUAAUCUUCCACCAUCUAAUUUUGCUCAAGCAAUUGGUUAUUAUUUAGUAAAGAUAUUUUAUUUCCUCCUAUCUGAAGAACUAUGGUUUUGGAUCCGAGCUGGUGGGUUGAUUUGCAUUGGUGCUAUUCCAUAUUUUGUGAGGACAACAGCUUAUUGGUAUUACAGCAACAGAUUUGUCUGGCUAGUGGUGAUGAUUGCCGUGUCUAUUAGUGAGAGUACGGGACAAACGGUUUAUGUAUUUGUUGCAAAGCUAUUCUAUACAUUCUGUGGGUGUUUGUUGGGAAUGGUUGGAUGGUAUAUAUCGUGCGGCAAUGGAUCUGGAAACUAUUAUGGGUAUGGAGCAGUCACGGCGGUUCUAUUUGUCUACCUUGCAUUUUAUCGACACUUUUCCGUCCAUCAAACAAUAUUGCCGCAAAUAUUGUUUGGGGUUACUGCAGUAUUGGUAUUGGGUACAUCGUGGGUGGAUGCAAAUUACAACCAUUCUGCCAAUGUAGGCUGGGGAUUCCGUCCUGCGUGGUUGCGUUUUGUGUCUGUUAUUAUUGGUUUGUGCAUUGGAUCGCUUACGGCAGUCGUUCCUCGUCCCAAAUCAUCAAAACUCAUUGUUCGUAAAAUUUUGGCGAGCUCGUUGUUUGAAAUUGGUAAUAUCCAUUGCGACAUCUCCAAGUUUGCCCUCCAGAGAUUGGACAACCCUGAUUUCCGGAUUCAGGAGCGUCACGAUGUUCUAGUUGCACGCUUUAGGUACUUGUUGAUGCACGUUGCAGGAUUGGCGAAACUUCUUAUGCCAUUGAAGUUUGAAAUACCAAUUGCGGGAUACUGGCCGGAGAGUAAAUACAUGCGUUUACAAAUGCUUAUUAUGGAUACCGUCCAGCUUUAUUUCAUGCUUUUAGUUGCACUUAAUAGCUUGCAGGACCCCAAAAUGUGGAUUCCCAUUAUUAUUAAGCGUGUUGGUAUGUGUUAUUCUGAACUCGAUGCAGAAAUAUUUGCUACUAUUCAUAUGGCAUCCGAUGCAUUAAAGACCAAAGACCCACUUCCCAAAAUCACCGAAGCAACGAUUGCUAUUCGACAUAUGGAAUUAUUACGUCAACAAUGGGGAAUCAACAAAAUUUCACUAAGUGAACGAUUUUAUAGUGAAAAGAGCGAAAAUGAUCAAGCCUCACUAUUGGAUAACUUGGACUAUAAGAAAUUCUUUAGUCGAGACGGACAACUCAACAUUUUGUCACUAUUAAUUGCUCAUAUGAUUUAUAACCGAUUAGAUGAAAUUAUGAUGGUAGUAAAAGGUUUAGUAGGUGAAGUGUACGACUUGGAUGAGAAUAUACUAAUAGACUCGGAUUCGGAGGAUAUAAGUGAGAUGAGCGAAUUAGAUCCAGGAGAAGACGAGGCGUUUUUCAAGAGACAUGUUACAGUAGCAUAG